GAAUUAAAUACAAACGUUCUCACUCUCCCCAAGACCACAAGUUUACCACAGAAAACGUGAGUGAUGCAGAGUGUGAGAAGCGAGCAUCUCGCCGCCACAACAACAACCGACAUAAUUUCUUAUCGCAAUGAGGGGCUUGAGAUGGGCAGAUGGUCACCAUCUCUUACAAAAGAGGUCAAUAAUAACCACAGCAUGGCGCUUUUUGCCCGAGCCGAGAAAACGUUUCUAUAGAAAUGUAACGGUUGCUGGAGCCAAUAGCACAUACGAGAUCAAUCUUGACCAUCGAAAAUUAAAGACACCCCUUGGAAAUAUACUACAAGUUCCCAACUAUGGCUUGGCAUUGGCUGUUGCUAAUGAGUGGGCAGCUAUAAAAAAUAAGAUCCACCCUAGUCUCUUGCAUUUGACUGCUCUUGCCAACACUGUGAUAGACAAUCCAAACCAUGAAAGCAAGUGGAAUAUUGUUGACAAAACUGUGAAAUAUUUGGAGACUGACACUCUGCUUUUCCGAGAUAAUGGUACAGAGGCCUUCAUCGAGAUGCAAGCAAAGGAAUGGGAUCCAGUUCUAGAUUGGUUUAACACAAAAUUUGAGAUGGACCUGAAGCCAUGUGAUGGAAUCAUUGGACCCGAUAUUCCUUCAUCUGCUCGCGAGAGACUCAGACGUUAUCUUCUUUCUUAUGAUAUAUGGGCAGGAAAUGGGUUUCUGUAUGGUGUGGAAGCACUGAAAUCUGUUAUCCUGACCAUUGCAGCCACAGAACGAAAAAUUUCCUCGGAAAAAGCAGUAUAUCUUUCAAGAUUAGAAACAAAUUUUCAGACAAGUGUCCAUCUAGGCUGACAUCCAUCCUCCUCCCAGCCAUCCUUGCUUUGUCUGCCCUCGUUCUCCCUCCCUGCCUGAGACUAUGAAGGCUAUCACACAGUACAGUACAUAGCUACUGGCAUGCCUCUCUGUUAGAAAUGUAAAGCUGGUUGCUCUUCCUCUCCGUGGGUAAGUAGGCUUCAGUCCUUUCCCCAAUUUCCACUUCUUUGUUCCUACAUCUCCUCUCAUCACAGCAGUCAGCUGAUUCUACUUCUGCCCCUUCCCCAUUACCAGACACUGUGGGCUUUUCACUGCUCCUUCCCACCCUCUCAACUUGAUCGUCUUUGUUGGAUUUACCUAUGCCAUGAUUUCAUUGAUUCUGCUGAUCUUCCCUAGUAGCCUGUGUUCUUCUUUGCCUGUUCUUUACUAUGUCUUUUCUUCAAUAAAAUAUGUGUUUUUUAUGACAAUUUUUAUGAACUCCAACUUACCUCAGUUUUCACAGCUUCACCAGGAGCUGGUGUUUGCCAUUUGUCCUGUUCACUUUUGUGUUUAUUCCUUUUUCUUAUUCUCUUCAGCUUUUGCUGGGACCCCUAACUCUACUACUUUUGAUCUGAAAUAAUAUUUCCUUUGUACCCCCCUGCUUUUUCAAUCGAAUGUUCAUUCCUCUGCUACACAUAUCAUUGUGAGUAAAUGUAUACUGUUUGUUCCACAAAACACCUCUUACUUUUCCUGACAAACACCUUUUGGACUCUUUACCAGAGCAUGUACAAUAUUUCUUUUAGGUGAUUUUUAACUGUUGGCAUGCCCUUUGGGGCAAUGAUCCGACAAAUACCUGAGGUCGUCUUUUGAAAGUUUUCAUCUUGUCCAUUGUUUCCUGAAUUUCAGCAAGCCAACUCACGUUCACUCGCACCCUUUCUUGUAUUGAUCUUUUUCUUUGCUCUCCUCCAUUUUAUAUCCUGUGGUAUGCAGAAGUGCAUUUCCUGGUGGAUUUUAAGCUGUUUUCGGGCUGAGUGCUGUAAGUGUACGUGGAAAAACACCGACAUCAGAUUUUUUUUUACAGUACAGUAUUUUGUUUUGGAAGGCGAGUACAGUGGCCAUUAGGGCCAUCCAUACAGCUAAACAUGAGAGUUCGAAAUCAACUGCCUCCACCAAUGUGGUUGACAUCCCUCUCACUUGGAUCUGGAAGAAAAUCCAUGAGCAUGCAGGUAUAGUUGUUUCAGACAUAUUGCUUGUCCUUCAUCUUCAUUGUUCUGUCAUGGCAGAUCUGAUGUGUUGUUCACGAACCAACUGGGUUCUCACUUUUAAAAGGCAUUGGCUCCAGUACUGUACUUAUCUUCCUCCUACUUUCUUUCCUCGUAAGCUCCUUAUUGAAACUCGUCCCAUGGACAUUUGCACUCUUACAGCUUUAUGUGUGAGACACAAACUUUACCAAAGAGUCAAAGAUCAACCCCCGCAAACACAACUAGGUGAGUAUAACGACAUCCUGUACUUUUAUUGUUCCCCUCUCUCCACCUUUUUUUUUUUUCUUUUCUACAAGGAAGACUUGAUAAGAAAUUUUACAAGCAAUUUACAUUUGCAAUCUCUCUCCUCAUGUCGUUCCAACCUUGCCCCUUAAGGAGGGCUUCACUAGCAAAGUUUGGCAGGGCCUUGACCCACAUGGUGAAGCCUUGGAUCCCCUUCUUCUGUUAUGAAAUGUCUUUUCUUUUAAAGCUUUACUUUGCACUCGCACUCCAAUCCGUCCUCGGAGCAAGUCCAUUCCAUCGAGCGCAUUCCAAAGACGCACUAAUCGAUUUUAACAUGCUGUUCCUUCAAAAUAGGAAUUUAAUCAAAUAUGAAUUAUUAUUUUAUAUUUGAAUAUUGUACAUAUUUAGGCACUGGUUA